CAAGCAGUGUGAUGUAAAUAUGAUUUUUUUCACGAUAGACUGUCAAAAUCAGCUGAUUCUUGCUCUGGUCACAUAUUCCAUUUUUCCCCUAUUUUUUGGAAGUUCCAUUGGAAAACGAAAAAUUUUAGAAAUUCGAACAUCAUAUUUGUGCUUUCUCUGCUUGAAAGUGUGAAGAUAAAUUUUAAGUUUAAUUAAAAUUACCCCAGGCUGAUAAGACAAUGAGUGAUCAAGCUGGUGAUCCUUUAAACAUGGACUGUUCUAAUUUUGAUGCAGACCGAUAUUUAGAGAGACUUCUCAAGGAUUAUUCCUUGAAGCAAAUUAUGGAUACUGAAGCAAAUAUUGUAAAAGAUACACAGACAUUACACAGCGAUAUGCAGACGCUAGUGUAUGAAAACUAUAAUAAGUUUAUUUCGGCUACGGACACAAUUCGAAAGAUGAAAACUGAUUUUAAGAAAAUGGAGACAGAAAUGAAUCUUUUGGCUUCUAAUAUGAACUCUAUUACGGCCUUUAGUGAGCAGAUUACGGGAACACUUCAAGAUACUAGACAACAAUUGAGUAAAUUGUCGGGAAAACAUUCAUUGCUUAAGCGAUUGCAAUUUUUAUCGACACUUCCGGCAAAGAUGAAGACAUUGAUUGAGGAAGAGAAUUAUGUACAGGCUGUGCAAGAUUAUGCUCAUGCUCAGAAAGUAUUGGAACAAUAUGGAAGUCAGCCGUCAUUUCAGGGAAUACAGGAGGAUUAUUUGGCUAUUGUGAGAGAGAUGAAAGAGCGUCUUAAGGGAGAUUUCCAAGCAGCUGGACAGAGUGCACAGUGUCUGACAAGAACCGGAGAACUAUUGUUGCAACUUGGUGAAAAACCUAGUGAUCUUGCCAAAGAAAUGCUCCAGAGUGCUAAUCAAAGAUUGCAUGAGCAGAUUGUAAUGCUUCAGGAUCAAACGGAUCGAGAUAUGAUAGAAUUUGUGGAUUUGGGACUAGAUGGAUUUCUCAAAGAUUUAAAUUUGGUCGUUAGUUCAUACAAGGAUAUGUUCCUGACAAAACUUAUUGAACAGGAACGUGAUGACUUUACCGAAAUAGCUACAGAAGAUCUCAAUCAGUUUGUCCAAAAGAAUAUGGAUAAGUAUAUGAUUCUGGUGCAAGAUCGUGUAGAGGCAGAAAUGGGUCGGGGAGAUUCUCAAGUGAUGCUCAGGGCCCUGGAUAGGCUACAUCGACGACUCCUGGCAAUGGGAAAUCUUUGCAGAUCAAUUGAUAUGUCUAAGACGGGAAUAGAAAUUGUCAUCAAUGCUGCCCAUCAACUGUGUAAAUCGCAUUUUAGGACGCUUAAAGAACAUUUUGGAGACCGAAUGAGCUCUGUUAGAUUGGCAUUGGUCACGAGGAGUGAUACAACAACACCAAGCUUCAGUGAACUCAUAUCUAAUCUGUAUUUUUCCACUGUUGAGAAAGUUAAGGGGGUACUGCAGGAUCUACUGGUAUUCCUCCAACCAGAAUGGUCUUUUAAUCUCAAAAGCAACUACAAGGGAUCACUGUGCGUCGAUGGGAUCCGAGAGAAUCUUCUGGUUGCUUUCAUUCAUCACAUAAUUGAAAUUAUGAUGUCCUUCUGCAGUGUCAAUUCGUCAUCACCGCCCAAUCUUUUGUUGGUCCUUUCUAAAACCUGCUUGGAGAUGGAUCAGGUUGGUAUUCAUUCCCUAAUGUCUCUUGUAGAUGACCUGUAUGAGAUUGAGUCUGAAAACAGUGCAACACUGACACAUGAAAGUGAGUUAUGUGCCGAAAUGAGGGAUGCUGCUCAAGCUCUGUUGGACACCUAUGUCCGAAUGCAGGGUCUCAAUAUAUCGCAGAUGCUGAGGAAAAGUGUGGAGACCCGAGAUUGGCUCAAUUGUUUGGAACCUCGAUCUGUGAGGGCAGUAAUGAAGCGUGUGGUGGAAGAAUUGAAUUCUAUUGAAGGAAUUCUCACGGGAUUGUAUGAUUCUGGCACGAGAACAGCUGCCUCCAGUGAUUCCAGUCGCAAGACCCAUUUCAGUCUUUCAGCCACAAAACAAACUUUUCGUUCUAAUUGGUCCACAUACACUCCAUCACAGCUUGAAAGUAGUUUUGCAUCCAACAUACAUCGUCUCUUUACUGAAAGAAUUGAGAUAUUCAGCUCUGUGGAAUUCUCGAAGGUGUCUAUUGUGACGGGGAUUAUCAAGAUAAGUCUCAAGACACUUCUUGAGUGUGUGAGAUUAAGAACGUUUAGCAAAUUUGGCCUGCAGCAGAUUCAAGUUGAUGCCCACUAUUUGCAGAUGAAUCUUUGGAAGUUUGUCUCGGACGAAAAUUUGGUUCACUUUCUCCUGGAUGAAAUUUUGGGAUCAGCUGUGCACCGUUGUCUAGAGCCAAUUCUAAUGGAACCGAAUGCCGUUGAAAUAAUUUGUGAGCGAAGUUAAGUGUGUGUGGAUCUUUAUUUUUAGGCAUUCCUAGAGUAUAAGUUCAUCACUUUGAUUUUGUUUGUACAAUAAUUUAUAGAAUUAUAUCUAAGAAUUGCAAAUAUUACACACUGAUCAUUUACAUUUCAUUCCACUAUCCUGGUUAAUUUCUUGUCAUUUGAACAUAAUUUGUAUUGUUACAUUAUUGGGAAAAUUCUCUCUUGGAGUUCAACCAAUUUUCCCAAUUGGCGAAAAAAAUAAUUUUAUUUUCUUUGAACUUUUGCAAUAGUUUAUUAACAGUUACAAUUAAAUACACAUAAAAAUAAAAAUAUUUUAUGAAAAUAUA